AUGCGUGCAUAUUAUUAUGACAACGAAAACUCAGAUCCUCGUGAACCGCACGAACAAAGUCCUCUGUCACCGGUAACUCCUGAAGAGCUUGCAAACAUUGGCGUUCUCUACAUGCAAUUUCAAGAAGACUACCAAGACCAAAUAGAUAAAUUAUGUGAAGAAAGGGGUUAUAAAAAUCGUGACGAAAUUAAUUGUUCGAAAGAAGGACUAGGUGAUGCUUUCGAUAGCAAGCUUGAGAUAUUUUUUAAAGAACAUCUUCAUGAAGAUGAAGAAAUUCGUUAUGUUAUUGAUGGUUCCGGAUACUUUGACGUUAGAGAUGGUGCUGAUCGUUGGAUUAGAAUUGCUGUUAGUAAAGGGGAUUUACUUGUUUUGCCGGAAGGUAUCUACCACCGCUUUACUCUUGACAAAAAUAACAGUUUAAGAGCUAUGAGAUUGUUUAAAGAAGAACCAAAAUGGACACCUAUCGAUCGGCCUGCUGAUGAUAAUAAAUCCCGUCUAAAGUAUUUGCGUUCGAUUAAAGAUUUCGGAUUGCAUAAAUAA